AUGUUCCCCCUUCAGCUGCUGGCUCUGCUCUUCAUCUCCACGCCAAGACUCGAGAAGAGGGAGGAGGGGGAGGAUGGGGGAGACGGACAGAGCGGAGAGAAGAAAGGUGAGGUGACCCUGAAGAGGGGAGACCUGCUGGAGGUCCCUCGGACCUUGUUCACCCACUUUGGGAUCUACUUGGGGGGAGGAAGAGUCGCUCAUUUCAUCCCGGACAUCCUGCCGAUCUUCUCCAGCGAUCAGACUCAGAUUAAACAGAUGGUCACCAACACUCGGCUCAUACUGGGAGUACUGGCCAAGGUUGGCAGCAUCAGGGUGGACUCACUGGAGGACUUCGCCUACGGAGCUAAGGUCCUCAUCAACACCAAAGACCAGGUGUGCAGCCGGCCGCCGCUGCAGGGCGAGGAGGUGGCGAUGCGGGCGGAGAAGCUGCAGGGUCACGUGGACUACAGCCUGCUGUGGUACAACUGUGAACACUACGUCAUGUACUGUCGCUACGGCACCGUCAUCAGCUUCCAGUCCUUCCAGUUCUGUAAAUCAGCCAGGAGGCUGCUGCUGAGUCGGCGUGUUGCCAAGGCGAUGGCGAUGCUGGAGGUGUGUAUCUUCCUCUACCUGGGCUGUGUGAACGUCGUCUCCGCCCUGCUGGCCUUCACCGUGCCCUUCCUCGUCUGGAUGGCCGCAUAA